AUGGCCAGGGGCCCCCUCCACCCCACAGAACUCCAGUUCUACUGCCAGCUGCUGGGGCCCCUGCUGCAGCAAGUGGGGGGGCCCCCCAUAACAGAUGCAGCAGUAAAGGGGGCCCUAAGGCGGCACCCGCAGCUGGUGGGAGACACAAUUCGCAAGUUGGAAGCAGCAGCAGCAGCAGCGCAGCAGCAGCAGCUGCAGCAGCUGCAGCUGCAGCAGCAGCAGCAGUUCGCUCACCAGCACCAGCAGCAGCACGCACAGAUGCAGCAGCAGCAGGUGCUGCAGCAGCAGCACCAACUGCAGCAGCAGCAGGUGCUGCAGCAGCAGCACAUGCUGCAGCAGCAGCAGCAGACGCUGCAGCAGCAGCAGCAGACGCCGCAGCAGCAGACGCUGCAGCAACACACCGGUAGUGACAAGAGAGAGUCCCUGCUGCCGGGAGAGCCCCAGGCAGCUGCAGCAGCUGCUGCUGCUGCAGCAACUGCAGCAACUGCAGCAACAACGGCAGCAGCAGCAGCAACUAGUGCUGCUGCUGCCACAAUGCUGCCGUUUUGCGCACCAUCAGAAACAGCCGCCACUGCAGCAUACGAAGGACUGCAGCUUCAGAGCAGCAGCAGCAGCAGCAGCAGCAGCAGCAGCGGCAGCAGUAGCAGCAGCAGCGAUGAGGAUUUGGCGCAGCAGAGCAGCGGGACCCUCUUAGUGUCUGACACCCCACCAAAUGAAAGUCAGGAACAGGCAGCAGCAGCAGCAGCAGCAGCAGCAGCAGCAACAGCGAGACCAAUAGUAGCAGCAGAUGCAGCAGCCGCAGGUGCAGCAGCAGCAGGUGCAGCAGCAGCAGGUGCAGCAGCAGCAGGUGCAGCAGCAGCAGAUGCAGCAGCAGCAGCAGCUGGAAGCCUCGAGCAGGGCUGCAGUAGCAGCACCCCUUCAGUUCCUGCUGCUGCAGCACUGGAGCAGACAUCCACGCAGCCAACAACAGCAACAGCAGCAGCAGCAGCAGCAGCAGCAACAGAAGCAGCAACAGCAGCAACAGCAGCAGCAGCAGCAGCAACAGCAGCAGCAGGGGCAUUGGCUUCCCCAGGGGGCCCCCAGCCGCUCAAUGAUAUAGGGACAGCAAGGGGGCCCCCAGGGGCCCCCGAGGGGCCCCCAGCAGCAGGGGGGCCCCCAGCAGCAGCAGCGGGGGCCCCAACAGCAAGGGGGGCCCAGCAGCAGCAGGGGGGCCCCCAGCAGCACCUGGGGGGCCCCCAGCAGCAGCAGGGGGGCCCCCAGCAGCAGCAGGGGGGCCCUCAGCAGCAGCAGGGGGGCCCCCAGCAGCAGCAGGGGGGCCCCCAGCAGCAGCAGGGGGGC